UAGCACCAAAGAUGGAGAAGGCAAGGUGAGGCAGGGUAGAAGGCGGGACGUGGCACAAACGGGACCGCAACCAGUUAUUAGCCACAGGCCUUCAGGUUGGGUCUUCUUCGCUGGUUCGAGGCUACGGAACACGUGGCACAUGCACCAUUUCUCCCUACUAGAGCCAGGUCGGGGCGAGCUUGCUCUUAAAUUGGGUGGCGAAGCCUCAGGGCUCUUAUUUUUUCCCCCAUCUUCCCUGCGCUUUUAGCACCUUCCCGUGAAGCAGCCCAUCGAGGUCCGGAGCUGCGCGGCGUCGCAAUGGCCGGCUCUCUCUCCAAGUCCUCCCUCUUCUCAGGCUUACGCUUCCACUCCCAGAAGGCGGAGCCAGCGCUCCAUCUACCGCACCGGGGAUACCACAUCGAGCUCGGAGCUCGCGAGAAGGCGCUCCUGGAAGAAGAUCCCGCGCUAAAGAAGUUCAAAUCGUACAAGAAUACUGUGAAGCGUGUAUCGAAAAUUGGGGACGUCCUUACCGUGAUUGUCGUUGCUGCGUGCAGCUAUGAGAUAUAUGCUGUGGCGGCAACAAGAGGGGAGCAAAGCCAGCCCUAAUAAUAUCAAGUUUGCCUAAUAAAAGAAUGGUUUUCCCUUCAUGUCAUGUGCUUUUUUCAGACUGCCUUUAGCAUUGCUUUGUCGGACAGCACCGGAAAUCAUUUUAAAACAUCAGCCAUACUUGGCAAACAAUGGUAUUCAAAAUGGUUGUAUUUUUCAUAUUGCAGUCAGUUUUUAUUUGGACAAAAGAUCGAAUGUUGUAAAUUGAGGAUCUAGUUUCCGAGAUUGUCAAAUAAGUUUUCUGAUCACUUGCUCAUAAGUUGCGCUUCAGUAGGCACU